UCACUUUUCCUAGGUUUAUUUAUAAAUAACGUUAACUUCGCUUCUCAUUGUCUCUUACACACUUCCACCCUCGCCGCAAGCUCCUACUAUCAACCCUCGCCGCAAGCUCUACUGUCACAAGUCACAACCCUCUUCUCUUUCUCGCAUUUCCCUCCCCAGUGAGGCCAGAGUCUGCACUAGUUAAGGAGAACAUGGAUAUGGCCGUAGUCAAGGUGGAGUAUGUUCCUGAUGAGAAAAUUGACACUGCAAGUGCGAAAGACUUUGAGGAUGCUGAGGUUGAUAUUUUGAGUUUGACGAACAAGGUCGACGUCGGGUCUAACAAAAAUGAGGACCCUGAUGCAACUGACCCUGAUGCGACUGAGUAUUCGAGUUCGUUUGGUGAGACCGACUCCGAUGGUGAAAAUAGGUCAAGGCCGAGUGAUGCUGAAGUGGAGUCAGAGUUCUUUGGUGAGAAUGGAGUGGCGGGCGGCUCUGAUAGUGCUCGUCCUGGGUUCCGACCAAGGAAGAGGAAGUUGACAGAUCAUUGGAGGAGCUACAUACGACCUCUAAUGUGGCGUCUCAAGUGGACAGAGAUAAGACUCAAGCAAGUUGAGUCCCAAGCAUUAAAGUACACUAGAAAACUUAAAGAGUGUGAGAAGGAAAAGCAUAGGGUACCAGAUGGUUUUAACAUGGAAGAGUCUGGUUCGAAGUCGGUGCCAUAUACAAGUCACCAGUACAGACGCAAGGCCAGAAGAAGAAGAAACCGAAAGAAAGUUGAGAAAUCAACUGACAUAGCGUCAUAUACAGCACAUCAUUAUCUUUUCUCCUAUCUUGAGAGUAAGAAGGCGGAUCGUGAGAGCUCUUUGGAUGAUGAUUUUGAAAAUCCAGUGAUUAUAGAGCCACCACAUGCUGAAUCAACAGAAAAACGCGAAGAUCAGCCUUUGCUUAAAUGCACCAACGUUGAUGUUUCCUAUGAGCAGCUCCUUUGGAACAUUGACAAUCUGCAUAAUAGGGUCCGCACGCUGAAGAGUGGUAUCAAUGCAAUCACGUCCAGAAAUGCUUCCAAGUUUUCUGAAUCAGAGAACUUUAGCCUUGUUCCUUAUGGUGGUGAAGUGCAGACUGGCUCUGCUCAAUCUCCAACCAAUUCUGUAGGGAAUGAGUAUACAGCAUCUGUUGGAGUAGGAGGUGUCUUCAAUUCUUCUCAGAAUGCUGCGGAUGAGUAUGACUUUGGAGACUUUGUCUUUCCUGACAGUGCUGUUUCGAGCUUUGGAGAAGCUUCGAACAUUCCUGAUAUCAUAGAGAGCACUGUCGGCCUGUUGGCUGCUGCUGAGGUCACCCUUCAAUCCGCCCUAGUCGCUGAAUCGGGUGAACAUAUGGUGGAGAGUAAAGAUGUUCUGCUGCAGGACUUUAAGACUGCAACUCACAAUCCCGUGAAGCUUGCGGAUGUUAAAACUGAAGUUGAAGCUGACGGCUCCGCUGAGAAGGUAACUGAGAAGCUGAAGGAGAUCAAAGUUGAAGUGUGCGAAGGUUCGCAUUCUGCUUCAAUUCAUAUAUCAGCAGCAACAGCAACAGCUGGUGCAUCUCAAGAGCAAUCUGCUCUACAGAACAAUAAGGAUGCGGGUAUCCCCAUAAGUAAAAAGAAGCGCGGGGAACGCAAGGCUGGUUCAGGUGGGUGGAACAAGUAGUCCCCCCGGAGAAGCCGAUAAACAAUAAGACUUAGCUGGUGAAUAAUAAUAAUAAUACUUCACAAUUUGUUGUGAAAACCGGUGAAUAAUACUUCACAAUUUGUUGUGACAUAAUAGUUUCAAGCUCAUUUUUAUCAGGGUUGUUGUGACAUUUAUUUAAACAGUUUUAGCCGUGAUAUUGAAUAUGGUUUUAUUAGAGAAUAUGAUGGAUCAGUAGCUGUAAGUGUCUUUGGGAUAAGGGGUUGAGUGAGAGAAUGUGGGGGUGUAUCUUGGAAUUGAAAUUUAGUUUAGUUAGUUAUGGAUAGGAGGCAAUAGCUUUCUAUAGGAGCAUAAGCUCUGAGGUAGUCAGGUUUCCGUCAUUCUCUGUAAUUCCCCCUGUUCACAUUAAUAAAUAAACAACUCAUUUUCACUUUUCA